AUGUGGGCGAUGCGGUGGAGGGUCCCCUGGAGGCGCUUCCAUUUCAGCAGCGUGCCGCAGAAGCUCAAAGACAGCUACAAGGCGCAGGUGGAGGCCGGUGGAUUGGAGAAGGACGGGCUCCAAGAACGUGUGGUGGGCUACCUCUCCCAAGCUCUGGAGAAGGCCUUGCAACGGGAGCAACACCAGCCGAGCAACACCCGUGAUGGCUCGGGGCAGGAGCUCGGCUUUGCAGGGCAUCCUGGCUGGGUCUUGCCACUGGAGACCAUAGGCGGCUCCUCCGGCAGCGGCGCGGCGGAGGAGCACCGGCGCGCCGCGGAGUGGACGGCGAAGUUGGCCGCGGAGAACCGGCGGCGCCUGGCGAAAGGCACGCAGGCCAAAGUCUUGCCUGCAGCCACCGGCAUCUCCCAAGUGGAGACUCAGCGCACAGCUGAGCCAGCCUCUGAAGCUCAGGAGGCUCCGCCCAAGCGUGAACCCUUGAAGAGCAGCGUUUACCUACAUGGACCCGUGGGCACCGGCAAGACGAUGCUGAUGAAUCUCUUCCACGAUCACUCGCAGCAGGCGGGGUUGAGAACAUCUCGUCAACACUUCUACGAGUUCAUGAUCAGCUUACACCAGCAGAUCCAAAAGGAUGCGGCUGAACGACCGGUUGAGGUGGCGGCCAAUCGUUGGGCCGACGACCUCGACGUGCUGUGCUUCGACGAGUUUCAAAUCACCGACAUCCAGGAUGCCGUGAUCUUGCCACGUCUCUUUGAGGUCCUCUUCCUUCGUGGAGUCACGGUGGCUGGGACGCCCAGCAUUGAUUCGCUUUGCUCCUUGGGACUCGAUACUCAACUCCUCACAGCGAUCGUGCAGCGUGCAGAGGAGGAAGCGGUGGACGAGCCGCAGUGGUCAGAUGAUAGUGAUGUGUCUGAAUCCGAGCUGGCGAAUGUGGUCAUGGAGAUGCAAGAAGUUACGAAGAGCAUGCCCUGCCCUGAACGGCCUGGAGCGGUGCCGAAAAUUGGGGCGGUGCCGGCACGAGCCAUGCCUCGACAACGCGGGACGCAGCUAGAGGAGCUGCAUGUGGUGCUGGUGAUUGAUGCCAGUCUUAGCAUGGGAAUUGAAGAUGCAGAACUUCUGAUGGCUCGCAAAGGUUCUGAUGUGCAGCUGCCGACCGCAGUGCGCAGAUUGAUGCAGUCUUCCACUCCUGCGAAUGUUUCUUCGAAGCUUGCCAAGCUGCUAGUGGCGCAGACGACCGCUUCAGCUUGGUUGUCUUCAAUAGUCAAUCUCAAAUCAUUUUUGAGAGACUGUUGA